AUGAAUCCUUUGUGUUUGUUUAAAUUAUANGGAAACGACAAACUCACCUACCUCGACAGCUGGGGCCCCACAUGGGACUUUCUGUCAAAUGGCGUCGCUGUGGUGUUCGUGGACAACCACGACACCCAGAGGGAGGAAGGAAAAUUGACGUACAAAAAAUCGAAACAGUACAAAAUGGCCAACGCCUUCAUGUUGGCGCAUCCAUACGGUAUUCCCAAAGUUAUGUCUAGCUUCGACUUCAACGAAAGGAACCAGGGACCACCUCAGGACGGUUCUGGCAACUUGGUUUCACCGCAAAUAAACACGGAUGCGACGUGUGGCAACGGCUACAUCUGCGAGCACCGCUGGAGACAGAUCUACAACCUGGUGGAGUUCAGGAUGGUAGCGAAAGGCACCCCAGUGACCAACUGGUGGUCGAAUGGCGACCAACAGAUCGCUUUCUGUCGAGGGAAUAGAGGUUUUGUGGCUUUCACCAAUUGGGGAGAUUUGAAACAGCGUAUACAGACGUGUGUGCCUCCUGGAAGGUACUGCGAUGUCACAUUCUGGAGCAACUAA